GUGAAAGGCAGAAAAGAGGAGACAAAUGGCUUGCGGUGCAAGUUACUGAAUGACGGAAAUGCAGGUGUCCGAAGUUUCUCUAUCCAAGGCGCCGGCGGACUUGGCAAAAAAAACAACACUGGCCAAACUUCUCUACAACGACCGACAGUUGGAAGCUCAUUUUGACAAGAGAAUUUGGGUUUGUGUGUCUGACACUUUUGAUCAAAUGACGAUCUGCAGAACAAUUUUAGAAUCACUUACAGGCCCUACUCAACAAGGUAAUAUACUUUCAAACAUGUUAGAGAAGAUACGCGAAAGCAUUGAGGGCAAGAAGUUUCUUUUAAUUCUUGAUGAUGUGUGGGAAGAUAGCCGAAGCAAGUGGGAAGAAUUAAGAAACUCUAUUUCCAGUGGCUUGUCAGGGAGCAAAAUCUAGGUUGCAUGAAUAUCGAUGUGAUACAUAUAGAAAAGAUGCCUAAGGAUGUAUGUAAGGCGAUCUUCACUCAAAUUGCAUUCUACGGGUGGACUUUGGAGGAUCAGGAAGAGGUAGAAGACAUCAUUGAAGAAGUUGUGGAGAAAUGUCAUGGCUCCCCAUUGGCAGCGAAGGUGUUAGGAGGAAUUCUACAGUCCAAAAAAGCUAGAAAAGAAUGGACUCGGCUUCUAAAGAGUGAAUUGUGGCAGCUGGAGGAAGCUAGACAAGAUGUGUUUGGUCCUCUGGCAUUGAGCUACUAUGAUUUACCUCCAGCCAUCAGACAAUGCUUUCAGUUUUGCUCCGUGUUUCCUAAAGAUUUUGAAAUAGAGAAGGAUGAAUUGAUUAAGCUAUGGAUGUCACAGGGUUUUCUUAGAGCAACGCGGAAUCAAGACAUAGAGGGGAUUGGUGAACACUAUUUUCAGAUUUUGGGGAUGCGCUCUUUCUUCCAAGAUUUUGAGAAGAGAGAUGUAUGGGUUGGAGAAAAAACAUAUUGCAAGAUGCACGAUUUAGUGCAUGACUUUGCUCGUCUUAUAAGUGGGAACGAGUCCAUCUGCAUGACAAAUAGAGAAGUGGAGAAUCAUGCACCCUCUACCAAUCACUUGCGCAGCUUCAUAGCAUCAAGUGUGGAUGCAUCUAAACCUGAUGUAUUCGAUCAUUUGCGGGGCAUUCGGUUGCUAGUUCUCAAAGACGUUCAUCUCAAAGCAGUCUCAUCAACUAUAAACCAGUUGAUUCAUCUCAGGCAUUUGGAUUUAUCCUACAACGAUAUCUUGAUUGAGCUGCCAGAAGAGAUAUGUGAGUUGUACAAUUUAGAAACUCUUCUCCUCAACUUAAAUACGAGGUUGAAGAAACUACCUAGUGGGAUGGGGAACAAGUUAGUGAACUUGAAGCAUCUGGAGAACGAUGAAGUUCCAGCAUGCCUCCCGAAACAAAUUGGGAGAUUAGCUGCCUCUCUGAAGACACUAACCCAAUUUAACAUCGUACACGAGGAUGAACGAGGUAGUACUAAUGUUUGGGCUUUGGAGGGGAUGAACCAACUUCAGGGAUCCCUUUAUGUGAAGGGACUAAAUAAGGUCACAGAUUGUGGUGAAGUGAAGCGGGCACAGUUCGCCCGAAAAGAAUCUCUUGCUCAUCUAUGGCUUGAUUUUGCGUCGAGCAUGACGGAACAAGUAGCUGCGAGUCACAGGGAAGAACGAGUGUUGGAAGCUGUAAGGCCGUCAUCGACGAGUUUGGAACGACUAGAUGUAAUAUACUACAGCGGUGUGACCAUAAAUCCUAGCUGGUUGCUCUCACUCUCCAACUUAACAUCCCUCAGCUUCAUCGGUUGCCUUCGAGUGGAACGUCUGCCACCUCUAGGUGCCCUUCCCUCCCUCCAACAGCUUAACUUGACCAGAAUGUUUGAAGUGAAUAAAGUAGGCGCAGAGUUCUUGGGAACGAGUGAUAUUAACAACAAUGUUGCAUUCCCCAAACUUAGACUGCUCCAUUUUGAGCACCUGAGGAACUGGGAAGAGUGGGAGUUAGCAGAAGAGAUGAGUUUGACGACAGUCAUCAUGCCCCGGCUGCGUUGCUUGGAGGUGUUCCACUGUAGGAAGCUACAGAAGUUGCCGGAUCUGCUUCUCCAGAAAUAGACCCUGGAAACGCUGGAAAUACAUCAGAGCGGCGGUUUGGGGAGUUGCAGGUUCUAUUCAGAGAUGGGAGAAAUGGUUCCGAGUGAUGUGUGGGACAAAAUCUCUCACAUCCCUACCGUCAUCUUGAACAGAAUUGAUAUCCGAACAAGAUUCAAGAAUGAUAUAGGUAAACUAUUCCCCUGAAUCCCCCACUACGUCUCUCUUGUUUCCAUGAGAGUUAUGAUAUAUAAAACGUUUAUGAGUUGAAUAGAUCAUCAUGACUUGGCUUGUUCUCAUGCGUCCCAAUUUUAUGAAAUGGCAGAAUCCAUGUACGGAACUGGCUACUGAUCUUACAGCAGAUAGGAAGCAGGCGAUGAUGGCGACUGUAAGUUGAUUGACUUCUCUCUAUCUCAGUUCUUUACAUAUAGUACCCUCAAGCUAGAGCUGAAUGCUGAUCAAGGAAUCUCCAUUACUGGAAGAGAAGACAAGGAUAUAUAGUUAUGUUGCUGAGAUAUGCAAAGCUAAGGCAGAUAUGCUGGUUUCUUUGGUAUCACAACCUCCAAAGCUAAGGCAGAUAUGCUGGUUUCUUUGGUAUCACAACCUCCCCAGACACUCUCUGUUGAACAUGCUAAACAACUCUGUCUGUUGAACACUAAACAAACUCAGGUUCUUGGAUAAGGAUAUAUUAGUAUUUAAAUAUCUAAGAAUACAUAAUCUAUUUCAAAUGCAUAAAAGAUCAUACUUUUUAUAGGAGUUUAAAUUAAUUUCUUAAACUUACGAAUUCAUUAUUUUUUUAAUUUAUGAAUAAGCAAGUUUUUCAUUCCAUCGAUACAAUCUGUUUACGAACUGAACAAGACUAAAAACUAGGGGUGGCAGUUCAGUUAUCGGUUACCGGUUAACCGGCCGAUUAUCCACUAACCGAUAACCGAACUUUGGUCGGUUAUCGGAGGCUGGACGAAAUGGUUUUUUAUCUUAAAAGUGCUUCGAUUAACCGAUAACCGAGAUAAUCGAGAAACAAAGCUUAUUUCGGUCGAUGCUCGGUAGGGAGAAUAGUUAUUUCGAUUGACCGAUAACCGACCGAUCGGUUACCGGUUAUAACCAAAAUAACCGAACUGCCACCAUACUAAAAACCAUACAGAACACAACCACACAUCUACAAUCUGUCUCCUAUAUUUGACAUGCAAGUCUACAAUUGCCUAGAAUCAUAUUCAAGGAUCCCCUGCAUUUUCAGAGUCGGCUCCAAGCUUGUUACCAUAUACCCUCUAUCAGGAAAAAAAUUCUCAAAAUACAUAUGUUUUCUAAAUAAAUUUUCAAAAUACACAUGUUAUGAAAAAAAUUCCCAAUCUACGCAUGUUUGAGCCUUCACCGCGGCAGAGCAAAGCGGUGAUUGCAUCACUGCAUAAAAGAAGAGCGGUGAUUGCAUCACCGCUUGAGAGAAGGGCGGUGAUGCAAUCACCGCUGUAGAGAAAGGCGGCGAAUGCUUCACCGCGUUACACGGCCGUGGUGAAGGCCUAACUUGCGUCGAAACUUUAAACAAACGUAACUUUGUGCUCGGUUAUCCGAUCAUAGCGAUUUUUUUUUUGAUUCCGCAUAACUUUUUGAGAUCUUGCAAGCUGCAAACCGCUGUAGGCGGUUUGGUCCCGCCUUUGUCCCGAAAAAACGUCGUUUGCUACACCGAACAAGCCUUUUUCGUUUCCGUCAAACUUUGAACGACCAUAACUUUGUGCUCCACAAUCCGAAAAUCAUGAAUUUUAUUUUAUUUAUACAUAACUUUUUAAGGACUACAAUUUUUAUUAUAGACAUAAUUUCGGAAUGUACUUGGAUUCCUGAAAAGGGAAGGUAAAGUUAUUCCCAAAAUCCCGUAUAUCCAAAAAUAAUUCAUUUUUUGAAAAUCCUUUCGAAAAGUUAUGCGGAAUCAAAAAAUAUUUCGCUACGAUCGAAUAACCGAGAACAAAGUUACGUUCGUUUAAAGUUUCGACGCAGGUUAGGCCUUCACCGCGGCAGUGUAAAGCGGUGAAGUAUUCACCGCAUUUCUCUAUAGCGGUGAUGCAAUCACCGCCUUCCUCUACAACGGUGAUGCAAUCAUUGUCCAAUCACCGCUCUCUUCUUAUGCGGUGAUUCAAUCACCGCCUUGCUCUGCCUCGGUGAAUACCUAAACAUGCGUAGAUUGAGAAUUUUUUUCAUAACGUGUGUAUUUUGAGAAUUUUUUUUAAAACAUGUGUGACUUGGGAAACUUCACCUCUCACUCCAAACUUCACUUGCCAGCAAAUUCCAUUAGCAAUCGACCAGACUUGUUACCCUGAAACUUAAGAACGACUUUCUGUAAAUGCAGGGCAGUUGCUGUGAGCCUAAUUGGAAAGGGCGGAUAGGGGUCUCAGCCCAGGCCCAGCCCAACCCAACCCAACCCAACCCCAACAGCCCAUGUUUAUGAAAUAGGCACACGCCCUCGGGUCUCGUCCGUCAUGUCAAGCCAGCCUCCACCCCACGUGGCCACGUCUCGAAGACUCCGGUAAAAAAGAAAAGAAAACUGA